CACCCAUUACCGCCAGCAGUACCAGCAAAACAACAAGACCUCCCCAACCACAAUCACAAUGUCGUUUCUAGGAUUCGGCAAGCCCCAGCCAACUUUGGCCGAGAAGAUGAACGCGGCGGAACAAGAACUUGAGAUGAUUACUGAUAUGUUCAAUAGGUUUUACCCCCCCCCCCACCUCUCCUUCUCCUAAACAAUAUUUUUGUCUCACAACAACUCCAAUGCACAGGCUCACCCGAUCAUGCCACAACAAAUGCAUUCCAACCGAUUACAGGGAGGCGGACCUGAACAAGGGCGAGUCGGUAUGCCUCGAUCGUUGCGUUUCCAAAUUCUUCGACGUCAACAUCAAAGUUUGAUCCCUCCCAGAAUAUUACGGCAUGCAAAUCAAGCUGAUCGGGGGUGGGGCGCUGGUGACAGGUCAGUGAAGCGAUGCAGAGCCAGAGUCAGGCCAUGCGAGGCGCCCAGGGUGGUGCUGGGUUCAGUGCUUGAGUUCUUUGCUUUCCUCCCCAGCGAGAUUAGAGGGUAUACUAUACAUUGCAAAGUAUCAUAAUGGGAAUGCUGUGAAUGGGAAGGAAAGGAAAGUGUGGGUCACAACUUGAACCUAGGAUGGAACCUUUUUCUUUUCUUCUUUCUUUCUGUACUAUAUAUGCACUCAUCACAUAUCAUCCUCCCCGCG